AUGGUUGGUCCCUCAUGCGAAUUUGAUAUUGUGUAUGAGACUCGAAAAACCAUCAAAGGACGUGUAGUGGCCGAAUUUCUUUCCGAAAAUCCAGUUAAUGAAGAGGAAGAAGUCGAAACAGCCUUCCCGGAUGAGAGUCUCAAGCUAGUAGAGGUCCAGCCAUGGAAAAUGUACUUUGAUGGGGCUAUGAAUAAGAGCGGAGCCGGUAUAGGGGUAGUUUUGGAAGCACCGAAUGGAGAACAAUUGUUAAUGUCAAAAAGGCUAUGUUUCCCAACCACUAAUAAUAUUGCAGAAUAUGAGGCUUGCAUUUGUGGCCUAGAGGCAUUAAUAGCUGUUGGGGCUAAAAAAGUUGAGGUGUUUGGAGAUUCAAUGCUAGUAGUUUCCCAUAUUAAAGGUGAAUGGGAAUUGAAAGAAGAAAAGUUGAGGCCAUACCUGGAGUAUGCUAAGAAACUAUUAUUUAGCUUUGAGGAAGUGACAAUGAAGCACAUGCCUAGAGCUCAGAACCAGAUGGCUGAUGCUCUAGCCACGUUGGCAUCCUUAUGGGAGAAGGGUGAUCAGAAGUUGACCCAGCCAGUUAUCCUGAUGAGGAGUAGAAUCCCAUGCUAUGAAGGGUUAAUAAUAGCACAUUUAGAUCUAGAAGAUGAGAUGAAAUGGUAUGAGGACAUAAGAAGAUAUUUAGAGGUAAGAGAAUACCCACAGUCAGCCAAUAGUAGGGAUAGAGCUACAAUUCGUAGAUUAGCCACUCGAUUCACUUUGGUGAGGGCAACUCUACAAAAGGUUCUUGAAGGACUAUUGCUCUUGUGUGUGACAAAAAGCGAUGAGCAGAUAAUGGAGGAAGUACAUGCAGGAGUGUGUGGUCCUCACAUGAACGGAAGGGUAUUAGCGGGAAAAAUUUUAAGAUUGGGCUAUUACUGGUCUACCAUGGAUACUGACUGCGCUAAAUUUGUGAAAAAAUGUCAUGAGUGCCAAAUCCAUGGGAAUUUGAAUCACCUACCGUCCGAUGAACUCUGA